AUGGAACCUAUGAAGUUAACAGCAGCCCUUUCGUCAAAUCUCGAUCAUACAGAUAAAUUUAUUAAAGAGAACAAGGCACUGAAACAAAAAGUUGAUGCAUUAGAAAAAGAAAAUAUACUAUUAAAAAAAUCCAUAUAUGAUUUAUCUGUAAAGUUUUCUGCUUCUUCCCAUCAAAGAGCUAGUCCUUUUAUUAUUGAUCUAGAAGCUUGCGGAGUUGUUCCGCAGGAUAACGGUGGUGGUAAAGAGAUUAGCUUAGAGAAUUCUACUUCUGGUGGGAUGAGUAAUAAUGCGAUUGAAAAACAUCAUGAAGGAAGAACCUUUCAUCUAAGAUCUGAAUUUAAGGGACACGGAGGAGCAGUUCACGCGAUUCAUUUUUCACCAUGUGGAAAAAUGCUUGCGUCUGGAUCAUUUGACAAAACCAUUCGAAUAUGGGAUACCAUAUCAUUGCAAAACGAGCAAGCAUGCUUAAAAGGACAUAUGUUAAAUAUAUCAGAUGUUUGCUGGUCUCGUGAUUCAACAUCAUUAUUAUCAGGAGCUUAUGAUCAAACAUGUAAAUUGUGGGAUGUAGAAACGAAUAAAUAUAAUUCAUUUGAAAACGAAGGAUUUGUCCAAUGUGUCAUGUUCAAUCCUGCAGAUAAUAAUUUGUUUGCAAGUGGAACUUCAAGAAAGAUAUUAACAUUAAUAGAUAUUCGUAAACCUGAAAGUGCACUUGAAUUUAAAAAUGAUGGAAUGAUAAAUUCACUUUAUGUUUGUCAAGAUGGGCAAAAUAUUAUUACUGGAGAUUCCAACGGAUUCUUAAAAACAUGGGAUAUCAGAACCGGAGACGCAUUAGAAUCGAUUUUGAAUGAACCAACAAGAAAGCCGAUCUCACAUAUUGCUGUUUCAAAGAGCCUUGGUGAUGAGGAAUCUAGGUAUAUGGCAGUUAAUAGUUACGACAAUGUUAUAAGAAUAUAUGAUCGUGGAAUUGAGCCACCGAAAUCUCAACUGAGAAUCGUUCACGUAUUGAAGGGCUACAAGAAUAAAGGAUGGCCCAUAAGGUCCUCUUAUUUCCUCGGAAAAGACUAUCAAUAUUCAACAGUACAAAGGUCAAUGCAUAAUGACAUUUUUGAUGCUGGGGAUCCUAAAACGGACCCCGCGGAUAACGUUACAUAUGAGAGGGACAAGCCAUUGGAAGCAAGUUUAUUGUUGGCCACGGGAAGUGCAGAUCCGUACGCGUACCUGUAUAAUGUUGGUGGACCAGAGGGUACCGGUGAGUUGAUUCAGAGAUUGGAAGGACAUACGGACUUUGUGUAUGCGGUUGACUUUCAUCCAUUUGAACCGUUCUUGGCUAGUUGUUCUGCUGAUUGUACUAUAAAAGUUUGGGCUCCUAAUACAAAAGGAAAGAAAAAAGGUUAA